AAGAGUGUCAGGGAGCAUUCAAAAGCCUGCUACAAAAUCCCACCUCUUUCAUACGAAGAGAAGACAGCUCUGACAGCUGACGUCAUGGGGUUCUGCAUUUCUGCCUGAGCUACCAUCGCUAAUGGCUGCGAGGCUGUUCGAGAUCUACAGCUCCAAGUGCACGUAAAUGCAUCACAAUGCCUUCAAAAGUGUCAUGCCUCUACGUGUUGACGGUCGUUUGCUGGGCCAGCGCUCUGUGGUACCUAAGUAUAUCCCGUCAGACGACGUCCUACGUGAGCCAACUGUCCGUCCCGGCGCGUAAAAUGGCGAAAGCGCUCAAGAGCAACGCCACCACAACCUUCAGCAACAUCCGCACGCGUCCACUGAACCCCCACGCCUUCGAUUUCAUCAUCAAUGAGCCCAAGAAAUGCGAAACCAACGUGCCCUUCCUCGUCAUCCUCAUCACGACCACGCACAAAGAGUUUGACGCCCGCCAAGCCAUCAGGGAAACGUGGGGCGACGAAAGCACCUUCAGCGACCUUCGCAUCAUUACGCUGUUUCUUCUCGGACGCAGUACAGACGCAGUGCUCAACCAGAUGGUGGAGCAAGAGAGCGAGAUCUUUCACGACAUCGUAGUCGAAGACUUCAUCGACUCGUACCACAAUCUUACUCUCAAAACGCUGAUGGGAAUGCGCUGGGUGGCCACUUUCUGCAACCAAGCCAAGUACGUGAUGAAAACGGACAGCGAUAUCUUCGUGAACAUGGACAACUUGGUGUAUAAACUCUUGAAGCCGGCCACCAAACCUCGACGGAGGUACUUCACGGGAUACGUCAUCAACGGCGGACCCAUUCGGGACAUGCGCAGCAAGUGGUACAUGCCCAAAGACCUUUACCCCGAGAGCAAGUACCCGCCGUUUUGCUCCGGCACUGGGUACGUGUUCUCGGCGGAUGUUGCGGAGCUCAUCUACAAGACGUCCUUGCACACCAGACUCUUGCAUCUGGAGGACGUUUACGUCGGGGUGUGUUUGAGGAAGCUGGCCAUUCACCCGUAUCAGAACAGUGGCUUCAAUCACUGGAAAAUGGCCUACAGUCUUUGCAGGUACCGUCGAGUCAUUACCGUACACCAGAUCUCCCCUGAGGAGAUGCAUCGUAUCUGGAACGACAUGACCAGCAAGAAGCAUCUCAAGUGUUAGUGGGAGCUGCCCGAGGAUGUGUAUUUGUGCCCUUUUUUAAAUCCCCAUGAUGCACAGAUGCGACAAGGAGCCUUGGGACAAACUGUAGUCCUUUCUUAGAAACACUAACAUCAUUCUGGGGCAUUUCAAGGAUUUCGAAACACGCUGAGCCCAUUGUUUGAGAAUCGGUUGGGGAAUGUGCUAUUCGUGUUAAUAUAACUGUGUCAGUCUGUCUAAAACUAAUGAAGGUUCAACAUGCUGGAGUUUCUUUUGGCUGGAUGUA